AGUCGUGGCCACGGUAGAUUCCGAAUUUAUUUUCAUCCAUCCUUCUGAGUUUAUACAACAUGAGUGCCAGAAUCCAAGAAUACCGGGACGCUUUAGAUCGUGCCCUAUACGACAAAAGCAAACCUUGGACUGUAUAUUUUGAAAAACUAGAAGCGCAAACCAACGUGAACAGAGUAUACCUUUUCAUCGGUUUGGUCGCAUUCGUUGGUUUAUAUUUAGUUUUUGGGUUUGGUGCGGAAUUGGUAUGCAAUACCAUUGGAUUCGUGUACCCAGCUUACAUGUCCAUGAAAGCGUUGGAAUCCCCCCUGAAAGAUGAUGACACAAAGUGGUUGACGUAUUGGGUAGUCUACGCCUGUUUCUCCAUUGUGGAAUACUUCUCAGACUUAAUUGUUGGAUGGUUCCCUCUAUACUGGUUGAUAAAGUGCAUCUUCAUAAUAUGGUGCUACCUCCCUACUGAUUACAACGGCUCGCUGAUCAUCUACCAUCGCCUCAUCCGCCCCUAUUACCUGAAGAACCACGGCCGUAUUGACGACAUUGCCAAUUCUGGAUAUAGGCAACACGGUGAACGACGAACAAGUGCAGAGAUAGCGAGAGAAACAAUUAAAAAGUACGAAGAAAAGAUUGAUUCCUCUAUAAAGAAGCUCAGCGAUCGCGGCGCGCCUCCGCCAUAGUUUUGUUCAAGAUGCGUAAUUUCCUUAUAAGUAUCUACAUUUUUUUUGUUUUUGUAUUAUUAGCCAAUUUAGGGUUUUGAUAUUUACGUCAAAUUUCUACCAGUGAAGUACGUAACAUAUAUGAAAGAAACGUGGAUUCAUCACAAAUAUCCCAAAAGUACGCCUUGGAGUACUCGUUUAUGUCAAAAAUUCGCAGGCCGUCUGCCAUGUUUGUCAGGAUACUUAGGGCCGGCGCCCAUUGGCGAGACGGUAUGGCAAGGGGCAUUGGCCCUUCGCCAUCCGAAGCCGAAGCAUACCGUCGCGACAUCGUGCUGACGCCUAGCUAUCUAUUGAAAUUAAUCGUAACGUUAAACGUAAAAGCCUGCCUAGGCAUUUAGUAGGCUGCCGACUCGGUAUCCCAAAGCUUACCGAAAUUUUGUUUUCGUAACUACGACCAUUACCAUUGACAUGUCAACUAUAAUUUCGUAACUGUAAGGUAUAUUACUAUUCGUCACUUAAAAGUCCACUGCUGUGCAGUCCCGCCAAUGAGCGCCGGGCCUUACGGCAUUUUUCGCAAACAAUUUUAUGACAAAUCAAACCAGGCUAAAAACGGCAACUGAUCAUCAGCGUAAAUAUUUGAUAUCUACCGUACCGUACGCAUUAGACGUCAUCGGCAUCCCCGUAAAAUGCUGAUUAUAUCACCUGAUUCAGCUCAUGUAAAGCAUUUCUGAUGACUAAGUUGCACUAGCAGAAAACGAACGAAUAAACUGCUCUUACUGCGACGUAAUUUUGCAACAAAAACGAAACUUAUUUCAUUAAUCUAGCAGAAAAAACUGAAAAUACGAGCCCAACUCGUUCGAAAACGAACCACAAUAUGUUCGUAAGCGAGCAAAGUUAUUCCAUUACCAUUCCUAACAACAAAUAUCUUCUGAUAUCGGAAAAGCAACGAAAAUUAGGAAUAAACAUUUUCUCCCAAUCGUUUGCAAGUAAAACUUUGACUACUACAUAGCGUCCUGACCGGUAUCACGUUGCUCGAGUAUUGUUGAGUGUUGAUAAAGAAAGCUUUCGAAAAUUCGUGAAUCUAUCUGGCCUACGAUUGAUAUUGUUUUAAAAGGUCAACUAUGUACGUGUCUUACACAGUCAAUAUUAAUUAUAAGCGUCAAGUCUUACCUAUCUACACUCUCGCAUAAAGCUCACCUGUGGGUAUCCACGCGGUGCUGAUCCGAUGGGUAGGCUUCCGACCUUAAUUUGUCUGCACCCUAUUGUUUUUUCAAAGACUACAUUAAUGUCUAUUUUGAAAAUUAAAAGUAGUUUUAUAAUUUUUUUACCACUGCACAAAAAUAAAUGUU